AUGUCGGUGUUCGGCCGGAUCGCCGGAGGUCUCCGCCAGGCUUCCCUCCUGAGUGCUCGCAGCAGGGGCGUUCCAACGACUCUGCCGUGGGCUCCCCUGGCUCCGGCUCGAGCUCGCUUCUCCGAUUCCAAGAUCCCUCAGUACUUGAACUCGUGGGUUGAGCCGGAGGCUCUCUGGGAGUACAAUGACCACAUGGAGCGGACCAACAGAGCCAAGGAGGUGGAUGCUGAGGUGGGUGAACUGGGAGACCGCAACAAGGCGUGGCAGAAGGAGACGGUCAAGGUGGAUCCAGAGUUUUUCACACGGAUUGGGCAGGGGCAGGCUCCAAAGUACCUCUGGAUUGGCUGUGCGGACAGCCGUGUUGCUGCCGAGAACCUGAUUGGCGGCAGGCCUGGGGAGCUAUUUACACACCGCAAUAUUGCAAACAUGGUUGUUUCGACUGACACAAACAUGCGGUCCGUGCUGCAGUAUGCAGUGGACUAUCUCCAAGUCCGUCACGUCAUUGUUUGCGGCCACUACGAUUGCGGCGGCAUCAAGGCAGCCUGCUCUGUGAAAGACCACGAUCUUCCUCUGGAGAGUUGGCUGUCAUCAAUCCGUGACGUCUACCGCUUGCACAAGGACGAGCUUGAAGCGAUCGAUUGUGAGCAGGAGCGGCACAAGCGCAUGGUGGAACUCAAUGUGAUCGAGCAGUGCCUGAACCUGUUCAAGACCAGUGACAUCCAGCGUCGACGGCGAUACACAGCAAGUCGACCAGACGAGUUUCCAUGUGCGUUGCCGCGCAUUCAUGCCAUGGUCUUUUCGCCGGCUGAUGGAAUUCUGCGUCGUUUGAAUGUAGACUACAGAAAGCACCUGGGCGACGCGAUCAACAUCUACCACCUGUGCUCUCGGGAGAACUUCAGUUGCGUUGUGCUUUAUAUAGCCUUAUUGGGUCAGACUGACCGUAAAAGUCGAAACCACCCCUCCUCAGCUUGCGCCUGGUGA